AUGCCGACGCGCCUCGUCUCCGUCGCCGGCGUCGCGCUCGCGCUCGCGUGCUCGCUCGUCGCGACGCCCGCGGAAGCGGGCGUCGGCGCGAAGCUCUGGGGGUGGUCCAAGUGGGGUCAGGGAUGGAAGCACGACUGGAGCAAGGGCGAGGUUUCGCGCGCGAAGUGGAACGCGGACUGGAGCGCGCGCGGCGGCCACGACUGGGACUGGCGCGGAGACUGGUCCUCCGACCACGACUGGUGCGACGGCGACGCGUGCGACGGGUGGAAGAAGCCCGACGGUAAGUGGAAGAAAGGCCACUCCUGGGGCCGCGGCGAGCGCGGCGGUAACUGGAAGCACCGCGGCGGCGGUAAGUGGAAGCACCACGGCGGCGGCGUGAAGACCACCACGGACGCGAAGAUGAUCCGCGAGAAGACGCCGAUGACGAUGGACGAGGGCGAGUCCAUGCCGAUGACGAUGGAAGAAGAAACCUCCGAAUACGCCGCGCCCGCGACGGAAGAAACGGCCGGCGGCGGCGACUACUCCGACGAGUCCAUCUCGUACGAUAAGCCCAUGGACGAGGGCGAGUCCAUGCCGAUGAUGAAGAUGGACGAGGGCGAGUCCAUGCCGAUGAUGAAGAUGGACGAGGGCGAUUCCAUGCCGAUGAUGAAGAUGGACGAGGGCGAGUCCAUGCCGAUGAUGGAGAUGGACGCGGACGAAGACAGCGACGCCGAGUCUUCUUCGUGGAAGCACGGCGGCGGUCGCGAGUGGAAGCACCGCGGCGGCGGCGGCGGCGACUCCGACGGCGGCUGGGUCCCCGGCAGCGGCGUCAAAGCGGCGAAGUGCAUGAUGCGCGAGUGCGGCUGGGAGCUCGCGAAGUGCCGCAAGGACGCGAAGUGCAAGGCUGCGAUGCAGUGCGCGCUCGCGUGCGGCAUGGGCGCGGACCCGGAGUCGAGGAUGUGCGCGUUUCAGGCGCGUUCUGUUGUUUAG